CUGAAGCAAAUUCAUGCUGAAAUUUCACUGCCUCUGACUGUAUCCACCAAAUUCUCUCCGUACAUUGACCAUAGCAUGAUUUCACUCAUUUCUUCAUAGCAGCACUGUUUAGGUAGAAGAAGCUGCAUAAAAAAACUGCCGAAAAGGCAUCGGCACCUUGUCUAUCGAUUGAAUAACGAAUUCUGCUGAAAUGGAUCCAGAGGCAGGCGACAAUCAGACAUUUCUAUCUGCUGCUUGGCAUGGUAAAAACAUCCAUAGAUUUCGGUUGGCAUUGCUGCUAAAUGGGACAAAUCCAGAAUUGAUCGAUGAAUACUCCAAGUUGUCAAUAUUCGACAAGUGUUGCGUAACUCCUGGAUACUCUGAGUUCAUAAGGGAAUGCAUUCGAUGGGGAUGUGAUGUUAAUAAGACGAACAAGUACAGCAACAAGCGUGCCCUGAAUUAUGCAAUUCAGUCGGGUGAUCCCGAAAAUAUUCGAGCGAUUUUAGAAGAUCCGACUCGCAUUGCCAUUGAAAAUGAAACCUACGAACAUUUGCCGUUGCAUCAAUUGGCACACAACAUAAAUAUGGAAAAUUACGACAGUAUGUUCGGUUGCAUGAAGGAACUCAUCGACAGACGAACCAAUGUUAAUGCCAUUGACAAGGACAAUCAGUCCGCACUGUGGAUCAUAGCGAAUCAGAGUAGUAUUCCGCAAGAGCAGAAAGAGAUCAUAAUCAAGUAUUUCCUGGAGAAUUCACCUGUGGAUCUGGACACGCAUCGCAACGGCGAAACGAGAUACAUAAUCAACGCCCAAUUUCCACAUCUACGUUUGCCACCCGAAAUCAAGCAAACCGAAAAGAAAACGUGGGACUUCAUUCGAUUGAUAACGGCAUUGCGGGACAGCGAAGAAGAUGAGUUUUUGAUCGGCCUGGACAUUUUCUUGACUCGCGUACAACAUGAAGCUGACGUUGAUAAUCUGUUUCGGGAGAGAUUUUUCUCGGAAACGUUGCUAAUGGUCGCAGCGAAAAACGGAUUAGCCCGGGCGGCUGAGAAGUUAUUGCGAGCCGGUGCCGAUGUGAAUAAUUACGCCGUCAAGUAUCUCAUUUCGAUGAAACAAAAUGAUUUGGACGAAAGUUCCAAGACAAAAUCGCCACUCGAAUUGGCUUGCAUUUACGGGAAUUGGGAAGUAUUGGAUCUGUUCUUAAAGUGUCCGAACAUCGAUCUCGGCGAUACGCCAUUAUUGGUCGACGUUGUCAAAAAUAUAGGAGAACCGGGACGAAGUCGUUCGUGUGAUUACCGGAAAUGCUUCUACCUCCUGCUGCAUUUUCCUCUUAUUGAUAUCAACCAAGUGGAUUCGUUGGGCUACACAGCUUUGCAUGCAGCCGUGAAGUACAACAACAAAGCUGAGACAUUGGCUAUUUUGGCCAAAGGAGCUUACAUCGGAUGUCAAAAUAAGUUGACCGAACUACCCAUCACCGAUAUCGAUCCAAACAUUUUGGAAACUCAUUUCAACAGUUGUAUCGCAACAAAUGGUCGACGAUCUGGUGACGAUAAUUACGAAAUUAGAUUUCAGUAUUUCAAUUUGGUUCCCGUUGUGGUUCGCAACGAUAAGGAAAAUUAUGUUGGAUCCAGUCUGAUCCAAUGCACCGAUGAAAUGGCACCCAUCGAACAUAUGGCCAAAUCGAGCGAACUAAAACAUUUGGUUAAGCAUCCGUUGAUCGCAAGCUUUCUGUUUCUGAAGUGGCACCAAUUGGCACUGGUCUUCUACACGAACUUCUUUUGCUACACAAUCUAUUGUCUAGCAAUGAUUUUGUACCUCCUGUUUUGCUACGGUCAAAACACUUGCAGCAAAGGACUGUCGACCAUAUUGUACCUCAUAUCCGUGCUGGGAGUGCUUUACGUCGUUGUGCGAGAGAUAGCUCAAUUGGUAAUGUCGCCCCGUGUUUAUGCACGUAACAAGGAAAACUAUCUGGAAAUUGUACUAAUCUUCACGACGGCUAUCGUAUUACUGAACAUCGAAUUUGAGGAAAGUACACGCAGAACUGUAGCUGCAUUCACUAUACUAUUGGCAGUCACCGAGUUUUUCCUAUUAACGGGCUCGUUGCCAUUCCUGUCAUUCUCUACGCAUCUGGUCAUGCUGAAAACUGUGUCCAAAAACUUUGUUAAGGGACUGCUGUUGUACUCCAUCAUUCUGAUUGCAUUUGCAUUGUGCUUCUACACUCUACUUGGAACACAUGAAUCAGAUCCACCUGACGAUGUAGCCGAAUUUAAUAAUUUUGUCCAUCCGGGUGUUGCAAUCAUUAAGGCAGUUGUGAUGUUGACCGGAGAGUUCGAUGCGUCAAACAUCCAUUUUCAGCAAAAUGCUGCCAGUUACAUACUCUUUGUCAUCUUCGUUUUCCUUAUUUCCACCGUUCUCAACAACUUACUGAAUGGUCUGGCAGUCAGCGAUACUCAGACUAUCAAAGCCGAAGCUGAGCUCAUGAAUUUCAUAUACAGAUCCGAACUCAUGGCCAGAUACGAGAAAAUUCUGCUCGGAAAAGGUGAAAACGUGUGUUGCAAUUUCAUAUUGCGCAAAAUGUCGUCCAGUUUGAUGAACGUGUUCCCGGAAUUUCUACCACUGAACAUGCUAACAGUUCUACCCAAUUCCAACAACAAAGUGCUGAUUCCGAUCGUACCACAGUCGGAUCCAAAGCGCACAGCCAUUGAAUCGGGAUACUCAUCGUAUCGGAGCUUGGAGAGAGGUUUCCGUGCCAUGAACUGUUGCUUCGGAAUGCGCUGUUCGCGCAUGGAAGUGAAAAUUGUCAAAUAUGCAAAACAUGUGUUGGACAUCAAGGGAAGGGACUACGAGGAGCAACAAGAGAAGUUGGUGAUGUCACAGAGAAUUAUCAAAAUAGAAAAUCGAAUCGACGACAUGUUUACGAAAUUGGAUUCGAUUGUGGAGAGUUUGAAGAAGGAAUUUGAUGACUAGAAUGUUAAGUUAAGAAUUGUAUUCGGUUGUGUCUGACAUAGCUUCCUAUUUGAAUGUUGAAUAAAAAUAUUUUAAUCCA